GGCGGCCAAACAUCGACUUUGGUGGAAAAGAAGCAAACAAAUGACGCGGAAUCAUUGGAAUUCAGCAAAACACUUGCAAUACCACUCAACAAACCGUGGAAACCCGGAUCGGUCGAGAUCAAAGAAAUUGCUUAUAAGAACGACAUGCGGGCCACUAAUUUUGCUGGCCUGUGGGCUGAUCCCAAAAGAAACGCUAUAUACCGAUGGGCUGGUGAGCUCUCUCGCUCAGCUCGAUAUGAAGAGGGCCAAGAAAACGAGAUGUACAUGCUUUCAGUAGAUGGUAGUGGGGAUGGGACAUGGAGCAUCAAGAAGCCAGCCCAGCAGGCAGCUUUCGACAACAUUAUCCCAAGUACUCAUGGGCAAUCAGUAUUCUGCGACGGCCUCGGAUUCUACAUUGGGGGUUACGUUUACUCAGGAUCAUCUUAUGGGGAGAGCAACAGAGGGUCGCCUGGUGUCCGCAUGUACAACGCGAGCUCAUCCGAAUGGUCCAACAUCACAGAUUUCGACUCGAGUGGUCCUCAGGGCGAUAAUUGGAACGGCGCUGCUGUCUGCGUAGAAGGCUUUGGAAGCUCUCCGCUGGUCGUACUUCUUGGUGGAGCAAAACGUUUUGAGUCAGAACAUCAGCCUCUCACUUUUGUUACCAUAUACGAUCCGAUCACACAGAAGUGGUAUCGACAAGAUACGGUGAAAGACACCAACGGAUUUCCUUCAGAACGAGAAUAUUUCUGUACUGCUGCGGCUCAAGGGAAAAAUGAAACGCUCGAGGUAUAUAUGUUUGGGGGCUUGUCGACCAAGAAAAAAGCAUUGGAUGACUUUUGGGUUUUGUCUUUACCGGCCUUUAAAUGGUUUCAACUCUCAAGCCCUCAAAGUCCAGACGCUAUCCGUCAUGGGCAUAAAUGUGUAAUUGCUGGAAGUAGGCAGUUCAUUUCCGUCGGGGGCAUAGCAAAAUAUACGGGCGGGGGGUUCAAAAGCAAUGAUGUCUGGCCGAGGGGAAUAGGCAUUUUCGAUCUCGUCACUUCGGCAUAG